AUGCAUCAUCACGCUCUCUGGUCAGGGGUAAGGGAUACGGUAAGGGUGGCUAUGGUGGUGGAUACGGUGGUGGACGCUAUGGUGAUCGUUCUUAUGAUCGUUAUGAUGAUCGUUAUGGUGGCGAUAGUCGCUAUACGAGUUCUGGUCCCUCUCCUUAUGGAGGGGAUCGUCGAGGUUCUUCGAGGGACAGGAGGAACUCCAGGGAUCGUUCCCGAUCUCCAUAUGAACGUCAUCGUGAUGAUGACAGUCGUAGCAGGAGUCGUUCCAGCGACCAUCAUACUAGUCGUAGACGUGACGACAGCCGGAGUACUUCACGGAAUGAUGACAGCCGUAGUGAUCGAUAAGAUCUGA